AUGAAGAAAGAAAAAAUGGAAAACUAUAUUUUAUUUGAAGGAGAAAAUGAAAUAAAAUAUGAUCGUUUUGGAUAUGAUGGUUUUGAUGAAAGAGUAUCAGACAUAAAGUCGCCAUAUAUUAAAGCACGAAACAAUUUAAGUGAAAAGGGACAAAUAAAGAAACUGGUUCUAGGCAAUAAUAUCGGCUUUAAUCAAAAUACUUUAAAAAAAAUACCAAAAUCGGGACAACAUUAUCUUGACUCAAAAGAUGAUGGUCGGAAAAUGAGUGAUUCUCUUUGUCAACUACAAAGCGAUUUAAAUAUUAUUAGUCAACACAACAUGAAAUAUCAUUUAAAUGGUGAAGAUGAUAAAAGACGCAAUAAAAUUCCUAUGCUUUGGGUUUACAAUUAUAAAACAAUUUACUCUACUUAA